ACAGCUGAGCUCGGCCGCCUCGGACCGGGGCGGGACGGGGCGGGUCUCCCGCGGCUUGGGCUUUGGGUAGGUCUUAAUGCCGGCACGAGGCGGUGGGCUCGGCACGCGUGGAGGCACGGGGAAGGCUGAGCUGGAAGAGGAAGAAGAAAGCGAUGCUCAUCUCUGGAAGAAAGAAGAGAUCUCCGUAGCGCUUCCUAUCAGUGCUACUUACAGAGCCAAACCCAGCUAGCUCUUCCUCAGAAAAGGGAUUGCUUCUCCAGCUCCUGGACCAUGUCACCGGGAGGAAGAAGAGGGCUCACAGACUGACUUGGAAGCCAGCUGGGAACUACUUGCCUGCACCUGCCAAGCCAAGUAACACAGCCUGGCACAGAGCACAUAUAUGGUGAUGAUGAAUGUAGGGGUAAGCACCUCUGCUCCCUUACACCCCACCUCAGACACAAGUGUGGGCACACCCACCUUUUCUGUUGUGGACUAUGUAGUGUUCACCCUACUGCUGCUUCUCUCCCUGGUCAUCGGCCUCUACCAUGCUUGCCGUGGCUGGGGCCACCAUUCUGUUGGUGAGCUGCUGAUGGCAGACCGCCAAAUGAGCUGCCUUCCAGUGGCACUGUCUUUGCUGGCCACCUUCCAGUCAGCUGUGGCCAUCCUGGGAGUGCCAUCUGAGAUCUAUCGAUUUGGAACACAGUAUUGGUUCCUGGGCUGCUCCUACUUCCUGGGACUGCUGAUUCCUGCUCACAUCUUCAUCCCAGUCUUCUACCGCCUGCGUCUUACCAGUGCCUAUGAGUAUCUAGAGCUUCGAUUUAAUAAAGCAGUACGAAUUUGUGGAACUGUGACCUUCAUCUUUCAGAUGGUGAUCUACAUGGGGGUUGUGCUCUAUGCCCCAUCCUUGGCCCUAAAUGCAGUGACUGGCUUUGAUUUGUGGCUGUCAGUGCUGACCCUAGGCAUUGUCUGCACCAUAUACACUGCACUGGGUGGGCUGAAGGCUGUCAUCUGGACAGAUGUGUUCCAGACACUGGUUAUGUUCCUAGGGCAGCUGGUAGUAAUCAUUGUAGGAUCUGCCAAAGUGGGCGGCAUGGGGCGUGUAUGGGAAGUGGCUUCCCAGUCUGGCUACAUCUCUGGGAUUGAACUGGAUCCUGACCCCUUUGUGCGACAUACCUUCUGGACUUUGGCCUUUGGGGGCGUCUUCAUGAUGCUCUCCUUGUAUGGGGUGAACCAGGCUCAGGUGCAGCGUUACCUCAGUUCCCGUACAGAGAAGGCUGCUGUGCUCUCCUGCUAUGCUGUGUUCCCUUGCCAGCAGGUGGUCCUCUGCAUGAGCUGCCUCAUUGGCCUAGUCAUGUUUGCCUAUUACAAGGAUGACAGCAACACUAUGAGCACCCAGCAACGCCAAGCAGCGCCAGAUCAGUUAGUUCUCUACUUUGUGAUGGACCUCCUGAAAGACCUGCCGGGCCUCCCUGGACUCUUUGUUGCCUGCCUCUUCAGUGGCUCCCUCAGCACCAUAUCUUCAGCAUUCAAUUCACUGGCAACUGUUACAAUGGAAGACCUAAUCCAACCCUGGUCCGCACAGUUCUCUGAAACCCGAGCCAUCAUGCUUUCCAGAAGCCUUGCUUUUGGCUAUGGCCUGCUUUGUCUGGGCAUGGCCUAUAUUUCCUCCCAGAUGGGACCUGUGCUGCAGGCAGCGAUCAGCAUCUUUGGCAUGGUUGGGGGACCACUGCUGGGACUCUUCUGCCUUGGAAUAUUCUUUCCUUGUGCCAAUCCUCCUGGUGCCAUCGUGGGUCUGUUGGCUGGACUCAUCAUGGCCUUCUGGAUCGGCAUUGGGAGCAUAGUGACCAGCAUGGGCUCUGGUGUGGCACCUCCUUCCCUCGAUGCACCCAGCAAUCUGACCACUGCCACUGUGACCACCCUCAUACCCUCUAUCACUCUCUCCAAGCCCACAGGACUGCAGAGGUUUUAUUCCCUGUCCUAUUUAUGGUACAGCGCCCACAACUCCACCACAGUCAUUGUGGUGGGCCUCAUUGUCAGUCUGCUCACCGGGGGAAUGCGGGGCCGGCCCCUGAAUCCUGGUACUAUUUAUCCUGUGCUGCCAAAGUUCCUCGGCCUCCUGCCCCAGUCCUGCCAGAAACGGCUUUGCUGCAAAAGCCACAGCCAGGACUUCCCUGUGAACACUGACCUGUUUCCAGAGAAGAUGAGGAAUGGAGUGCUGCAGGACAGCAGAGAGAAGGAGGAGAUGGCUGAGAACAGUUCCACUUACCAGGGGUGUAGUCCCACCUAUGUUGUUCAGGAGACCUCCCUGUGACAUAUGAAUCAAGCACCCAGCCUCUCUCCUCUCUGAGAGGCCACCCUGUGGGAAUGAGUCACUUCAUGUGUUCCUUAGGGUUGGGUUGGGCUGACCUAACCAACAAAGGGCCUUGUUCUUAAAGAUUCUCACUUGCCUUGGAAACUGUCAAUGUUGGCUAUGUGAGAGUAAGCACAGGUUUUUUUCCAUAUCCCUUGACAGUCUUUUCUCUUUGGGACCAGGCUAACAAGGUAUAGAAUUAUGCCCAAAUAGAGAUAGAAACAAAUCCUCUGGGAAAAGAAUGUUGGCUUCUGACUUAAUAUAGCCAAGCAUCCUUGGACCUAGUAGAAAUAGCCCUUCUGAUUAUAACUGCCUUGGGGCCCAAUUGGGAAAGAUUGACCAACUCUAUCUUAAAGCAUGAAGUUACCUUUGCCAACUGUCGCUUCCCUUUGAAUCUUAAAAGCCACAGUGGGCCUUUGUGAUCACUUUCAGGUUGUCUGUGACACCCAAACUCCUCUCAUUCUUAUCUGCCUACCUCCAUACUUGAGAGGGAGUUUUUGAGGUCCCUGGGCCUCUCAGAAUAAACUGAUAGAAUCAUCUACUUUGUGUAGAAGGGCCAGCUUUCCAUAUCAAGACCACCUCUGAGAUGAGCAUGGAAAAUGUAGAGUUAAGGAACCAGGGCCCUGACCAGGUCCUCUAUACAGUGUAUUAGCCUCUGGUCUCCAGCCAGGCCAUUCUGGUCAUUGUGUCAUCCAUGCUGUUUUAUUUUGGAGUUUCUUCAUCAUGGUGUCUUUGUUCCUAGGGAAUAAAAAGCUGUUAGACCAAGA